AUGGUGUGGAUGGAAUGGAACAAGUUGUGUAGACCAAAGGCUAAGGGUGGCAUGGGUUUUAGGGAUCUAAAAGCUUUUAAUCUUGCUCUCCUAGAAAAGCAAGAAUGGAGAUUGCAACAUGAAUCAAACUCUCUCUUCUAUCAUGUUUUCAAGAGUAAGUAUUUCCCUGAAACUUCUUUUGUGGAUGCCCGCAAGGGUAGAAAUCCAUCCUAUGAUAAGUGGACUCCAUCCCCAUCUACAUAUAGGGUUGAGUCACCUAGAAUUCUGCUACUUGAAGCACUAGAUACUCUUAUUGACUCUGAUCACGGGUUAUGGAGGGCUGAUCUUGUAAGGGAAUUAUUCUUAAAUUUUGAAGCUGAAAAUAUCCUAAGUAUUCCUUUGAGUACUCGUAUGCCUCUAGAUAAAUUAGUUUGGGCUGCCACACCUAAUGGUACUUUUACAGUUAAAAGCGCUUAUUGGAUUGUUGUGGAAAUGAGAGGGGCAGAGCAAGAAGGAACUUCUGUUUGGAGCUUGGGUUGUGAUGUGGGAUCCUUGGCUAUUUCUCUUGUUCAGUUCAUGGCAAUUGCAUGGAAUAUAUGGAGGAAUAGAAAUGGCAUUCAACAUGGCAAAGAGCCAAAGAAAAAGGAAAAUUUGAUCCUCGAAGCGUUCAGGUUUAUCUCUGAGUUUCAAGCUGUUCAAGACCCUCCAAUACCUUCUGUUCAUCGUUCCCAAACUAGUUGGUUACCUCCUGAGCCGAGUGUCUACAAAGCUAAUGCGGAUGGAGCUAUUUUUAAAAAUCUUUCUAGUACUGGAAUGGGUGUUCUUAUUCGUGAUUAUAAGGGUCAGGUUGUGGCAGCUUUAAGCCAACGUUGUUUUGCUCCUUUGGGUCCUCUUGAGGUUGAAGCCAAGGCAAUGAAAGCAGCUGUGAUUUUUGCAAGAGAUGUUGGUAUUAAGAAUAUUAUAUUUGAGGGUGAUUGUUUGCAAGUCUACAACUGUUUACAUGGAACCUCCAAAGCCCCUCCUGCUGUUGCUAAUGUUCUUAAUGGCAUUUUGUUCCACCUUCAAUCUUUUCAUUCUUUUGAUUUUUCACAUAUUAGGAGGGAAGGAAACAAGCUUGCCCAUAUUUUAGCUCAACAUGCUCAAUUUGUUAGUGAUUUUGUGGCAUGGGUUGAGGAAACCCCUAGUUUCUUAGAAACUGUUAUUGCCUCUGAUGUACUAGACUGUUUAUGA